AACUCGGAUACAAACGCUGAUGUAAUAAUUAAGCUUCCACUUUAGGUCUUCCGUCGUUCAAGCGCAUGCUGGUACCAUCAAGCGGCAUUUGAUACUAUGCAGAACUAAGCACCUAAGUCCGGUAUGUGCUUUCGGAUGGCUGUAGUGUUCCACUAGGUAAUAACAGUUUCUAUACCAACAUACUAGUGGACGUUCCGGGGGUAGCGUAUCAUUCAUAGGACUCAAUACCCACUGGAAGCGCUAUCAUGUCGAGUUCAACCAGAAGAAAGAGCGCGAGGACUGCCUCCCAAGCUACUCAACCUGCGUCCUCUGCAAGACGUCGCUCGCCUUCUAUUGAAUUCGUCGGAAUGCGUAGAGUUGCUCUUGCCCCGUUCAACGACCCGCAGGCCGACUUCGUUAUACAGACGCAACGCACCAAUACCAUGUUCAGAGUUUCGCUAGCCAUUCUAGCACAGGCCUCGUCCUUCUUUCGUCAAGUGGAAUCCCAACGAAAGCAAAACCCCGGACUUCGCGACUAUGAACAUCUGGAUGUGGCAGAAUCGGAUGCAACGAUCGAGACUAUUCUUCGCUUCAUCUAUCCCGUGGCCGACCCGGUAGUUCAGGACUUAGACGAUGUUUGCGACGCGUACCAAGCUUCAGUGCAGUACAAAUUCGAUUAUGUAGCCAAACGGCUUCGCGAGUUCAUGCUAUCUCCACGUUUCAUGGACAAUGAACCUGUUCGUGUCUACGCAAUCGCCCGUCGGUUUGGAUUAGCUGAAGAGACAAACAUUGCUGCUCGGCAUGUCUUGCGGUUUCCCCCGAACUGGCCAGCAUACGAGGAGUUCGACCACAUCUCUGGCCGGGCGUAUCAUGAAUUGUUGACCCUGCACAAGAACCGGGGUCGCAAACUCGUCGAGUUCCUCCACAGCUUUCACCUUAAAGAGAAGAUAACGUGUAUGAAAUGUUGCCCCAGAGAAGCUACCGCGGCGCUUCCCAGGCGCCAGCCUGAGUGGUGGCAGAUUUACGUCCAGCAGGCUACCCCCUUGCUAUUGGAUUCACCUGCGAACGAAGACAUUUUUUCGUUGGAGUUUAUUUUGAAGGUUGCUAUCGAAGCGGGAAUUACUUGUUCUAUGUGCUGUACGAGUAUCAUGCAAGCUGCUCAACCGGGAGGCGCCAUCGCUAUAUUGAAAGAAGGCCUUGCAAGCAAGCCGUUCGACCUUGUAGUGUCUAACACAUAGGAUGUGAUAACUCGCGUUCGAGGGGAAUUGCCGAAAUCCUCUGUCAGUGCCACACAUGACCAACCUGCGUGAGUAGCGACAUAACAAUGGCGUAUUGCUUGCUUGCUGUACUGGGAUGUCGCCCAAGCUCUAUCUGAUAACACCGAUGUUUUGUAUUUGACGGACUGCUCGGUGUAUACAUUUGCAUAUAGAAGUGAGCUGGCGUUCCCGAUACCCGUUAAGGUGCAAUUUCAUCGAAGAACCCGAGUGGUUCUUCCCAGACUGAUAUUAUUGAUUGUGAACAAGACCUUCGGAAUUUGACUCCAGAAUG